UUUAUAAAACAGCUGAACAGAAGAACGCAGAGAGAUUAAACGGAAUUUGUCUCUCAGAACAUUUGAUAUAGAAAUUCUUAUCUGCUUUGCAAGAGAUCUGACAAAAAGACAAGGGGAAAAUCACCAUUUCUGAAGACUGACCAGUUCCUUCCAUCUCCUACCAUGAUGCUUCUUCUAUAUUGGAGUAUUUUAGUCAUAAUAUUCCCUCAGUUAAUAAUUACCAAGGCCACAAUGUGGAGUGUAAUGCUUCACUUUGAUAGUAAAUACAAAUUUGUACACAUUUCUUUGGAUAAGGUUAAGUAUGUAAACAUAACAAGUGAGAAGGAGCAAGGAAAUUUCAACACUGAAUUUGAAUUAGACAAUGCAACAAAGCCAAGUUUUGUAGAAUCUGAUACGGGUAGAAUCUAUUGGGCAACUGUUCAAAAUCUUGAUCUUCAAGAAAAGUAUCAUGGCCAUUGCCCUCACACAUUUUGUAAUAAGACAAUGAUCACAUUGCAGAAAAUGGCACGCUGGACUCUUGAAGCUACACGUAGUGACAUACAUAAUAAUAAUGAUUCUUUUUAUAUUUUGGGAAAUGGUAUUGAUUUAAAUAUUAAAUUUAAAAGAAAUUCCAGAACAUCAAAUGCAUCAUUCUUUCUUGCAAUGGAAUCCAAUAAAUGGUCAGAAAUAAGUUUUUUCAUGCGAAAAAGAUUUUUGUUGGAUAUAAAGGUAAAACUGAAGAAUAUGGAAAAUUCCAAAAUAUAUUCCUGUGUAGCCACUGAGUAUCCUAGGCUUAGAUGCUUGUUGACAAAUGAUUCCAUGUGGAAAAUAGAAUUAACCUAUCAACCCAUGCAAAUAUAUCGUGAAUUCAUUAUGUCUGCAUCUAUUGGAGUGAUUGGGAGUGAAAAAAACACUUCACAAACUGUAAAAUUCAGAAAGUUAGCUUACGUCCACAAACUAUCCUCUGUUAUCAAUAUUCCAUAUAAAAGCAUCAGUGAGGUGGAAAUAAAAUCCAUGUCCAUUUACCAAUCCAUUCACAUAUCCAAGAUUGUCCUAACAAAGAUGCUUACUGAUGAAGAAUAUGACUGUAUUAACAUAAAUAGGAGCAAUGCAGGGGAAACUAAUUGUAAAGUACGAAAAGGUAAGUACGAAAAGGUAAGAACAGCUAAAUGAAACACAAGUGGUCCCUCUUGUGGUCAAGGCUAUUAAAAGGGAGAUAAUCAUUUUGUGGGAAUUCAAAGCAGGUUUAAUAACAUUUUAACCCUUUCGUUACCAACCUGGCUGAAACCGGCUCUGGCUCUUU